GCUACCGAUUUUCCGUAGUUUAUGUAUUUAUUCGUGUGAUUUUGUUUUUUAAAAUUAAAUAAAUUAAAUUAUUUACCUAAUCACUUUGGGAAUUUUUCAUUCAAUACGCUUUGAUAGUAAUCUACAGGUCGCACUAAAUAAAUUAUUUCAGAGUAAAAGUAAAGACUUUGAUUCAUUAAUAGGUAGGUACCGAUUACCGAUCGUUUCUCCGAAAAGCGCAAACAAUAUUAUUAUUAUUUAUUACCGAUAGUUACGCCGUACACCGUUGGCAAAUUAAGGAAUUGAAUCAAAAUAUUUUGGUGAGGCUCCAUAAUGGCAUAAUGAAUAUUCGUGCUCAAAAAUGAGUUUAUUACGCAAGUUAUUCGGAGGGAAGAAGAAAGAAAAAAAGAAAUCAUUAAACGAGUACGAUUUGUUGCAAAAAUUUCAUUCCACACAACAGUUUUUGAUGGCGAAACGUGAAAUGUUGGACAAGAAUAUAAAAAGGGAGUUGGCUAUAAUUAAAGCAAAUGUCAAGAUAAAUAAAUCAGUGGCGUUGAAUGCAUUGAAACGAAAAAAAUGUUAUGAAAAACAGUUAUCAGAGAUUGAUGGUAUGUUAUUGACACUUAUAAAACAAAAUUUGUUGAUCUUAAACGUGUAAGCCAAAACACAAUUUUGGUGAAUUCUACAAAGUGAAAAUGAAUAAAUGUGUAAGCAA